AUGGACUUAAGCACGGCUUACCGCUACAAUGCCAGCAUGAUGGAAUACUAUUCAUGCCACGGCGGCGUGAACCAGCUGGGUGGCGUGUUCGUGAACGGGCGGCCCCUCCCCGACGUGGUGCGCCAGAGGAUAGUGGAGCUGGCCCACCAAGGGGUCAGACCCUGCGACAUCAGCAGGCAGCUGAGGGUCUCCCACGGAUGCGUCUCCAAAAUACUUGGAAGGUAUUACGAGACGGGAUCUAUCAAGCCCGGGGUGAUCGGGGGCAGCAAGCCGAAGGUGGCGACUCCAAAAGUGGUGGACGCUAUUGCCAAUUACAAGAAACAAAAUCCGACCAUGUUCGCCUGGGAGAUCAGGGAUCGGCUGCUCGCUGAUGGCGUCUGCGAUCAGGACAACAUACCGUCCGUCAGCUCCAUCAACAGGAUCGUACGGAACAAAGCAGCCGAGAAAGCGAAACAGGUCGGUGCCACCUCCGGUCACAUGAACGGGGGCCAGAGCCCUCAACCCACCUCCAACGCCACAUCAGUGAUCGCCCACGCGCCCCCGGCUCACGAGGGGCAACCCCCGCUGCAGCGACCCUCCUACUCCAUCAACGGAAUUCUGGGCAUUCCGAAUCCCUCCGCCGCCCCAUCACAGCAGCCACAACACACGCAAGACCUCACGCAUAAACGGAAAAGAGACGAAGGUGUCUUGAACGAAGGAAGAGACCUAAAUGGAGACCUUCACGACGAGGAAUCCAAAAGGCAAAGAGCACAUUACAAUGGAGACCAAAUUUAUGCAACGCAGAUGUGGCCGAAAUGGCCUAAAGAUGACCUUAAAGCUGGAGCCAUGGUGCCGGACCUAACGGCUGCGGCCGUGGCCGGUGGUGCCCCGUACACUCUCCAGCAGUUUCCUACGACUCCCGAACAAGCCUUCACGCCAGUAGUCACAACCACAUCUUCCAACGAACAACUCAAAAACGACAUCUCACAUUACGACGCCGCCAUGUCAGCAAUGACUUCCCAAGUACAGUCUUCAGCUGUCUAUUCCCCACCUUUAGAUCAAUGCAAUAGGCCGCCAUCUUUGGUCGGCCAUUUUGUGACGUCAUCAGGAAGUUCUGCGUUGAGUGGUUUAACUCUUCAAGAAAAAACAUUGCUUGGGGUGUCAGGGUCUUUACUAGAUCCUUCAACGUUAUCCCACCACUAUCAACAAGUAGUGGGUAGUGAGGUGUGCAGUCGUUCCUCUACCCCGAGGAAUGAGCAUCAGCAAGUGGUGAACACCUCCGAAGCCCCAUCCUCCACACCCGUGUCAUCCUGCCUCACCCUGCUGCAACCACUGCAUGCUACUAGUGCAUCCCUGGAUCCCUAUGCAGCAACUUUCUCACCUACCCAGUUCCAAGUUACAGGUGCGGCGGUGGCUGGUGGUGCCUCCGUUGGUGGCGUAACCGGUGCUGAAUAUGCAGCUUAUUCUCCAUACACACAGUAUUCACCCGCUGCGGCCUACAGUGCAUAUGGCUAUGGAUCGGGCGGUAUCAUAAAUCCUUCUUACUACUACACACCAAGUGCCGCCCGAACGACAGCUGGGACGAAUCCAAGUCUAGCGGCUACUUCACCGAUUAGUCCGAACAAUUUCAAAGCAGAACGUUGCUAGUGAUGUGAACUACCAGACAUUUGUAAAAAAAAUACCAAAGCCGGAAUUGGAAUCGGUAUCGAAUGCCGAUGAUAAAAGCAAUUCUCCUUGAAAGGAAAGAUAUUUUCGAUGUGCUUCGAAGAGUAAUGGA